AUCCUAGCAACCCAAACAGCCGUGAAGGUGCGUUAAAACCAGUAAGUGACCGCUCGAAUAUUACAUUUAACAGCUUACUUAACGUUCACUAACCCCGAGGUUGCUUACGUGUAACAGAGUUUAGUUGAUAGGACUGACGGAAAGUAUAACUUUAUUAACGCUAGCUAACUUCGCAUUAGCUGUUAAGGCUCCAUGAGAAUAUGAACCAAACGAUACAUCCUCGCAUCUAUGUGGAGCAAACUCUGGCUCUUAUUAAACCAGAUGCCAUCCACAAGGCGGAAGAGAUAGAGGACACUAUCCUAAAAUCAGGCUUCAUCAUCUUGCAGAAGCGGAAGCUGCAGCUAAGUCCAGCGCAAUGCAGUGAUUUCUACACUGACCUGUAUGGAAGGCCCUUCUUUUCCAACUUGACUGCCUUCAUGAGCUCUGGCCCCAUCAUUGCUCUGACUCUGACCCGGGACAACGCCAUCGCCCACUGGAAGUCCAUCAUCGGGCCCGUCAACAGCAUCAAGGCCAAAGAAACUCAUCCAGGGUGCCUGAGAGCCAAAUAUGGCACUUCUGAACACAAAAACGCACUCCAUGGCAGCGAGUCAUUUCCUGCGGCUGAAAGGGAGAUCAAAUUCAUGUUCCCAAACUCCGUAAUUGAGCCCUUUCCCUCAAGAGAAGCCACCGAAGAAUACCUGAGCAAGUAUGUCAACCCAACUCUGCUACUUGGACUCACUGAGCUCUGCAAGCACAAGACGCACAAUCCCUGUAUUUGGCUUGCUGACUGGCUGAUCAACAACGAUCCAAAUAAGCCUCGCAUUUGUGAUGGAGCCACUGUGGAAGAAGCAGAAUGACAACAAAUACAUAAUUUAUAAACAAAUAUAUAUAUUUUCAGUGCAAUGAUUAAAUAAAGUGUAUUUUCAGUGUUAA